UUGUGAAAGAACCGGAUGACAAAAAGUUUGAAUCCCGCCACUGGUUGGAAGCCAUCAUUUUUAUCAAAAUUAUUCAACCAUGUACCGCUUAAAGGCUUGACUCCGAGUAUGGGACGGGUCAUCAGGUGUCAGCGAAAAGGACCUGGCGGCAUCUUUAAAGCUCACACGAAACAUAGGAAAGGGGCAGCGAAAUUACGAGCUGUGGACUACGCAGAACGUCAUGGUUAUCUAAAAGGAAUUAUUAAGGAUAUUGUCCAUGAUCCAGGUAGGGGAGCACCUUUGGUGAAGGUUCAAUUUCAAGAUCCAUACAAGUACAAAAGACGAAUGGAAACCUUUGUUGCAGUGGAAGGAAAUUAUACCGGUCAAGCUAUUUAUUGUGGCAAAAAGGCCCAGCUUCAAAUCGGAAAUGUCCUACCAGUCGGUUCAAUGCCUGAAGGUACAGUUGUCUGCUGUCUUGAGGAAAAAAUGGGGGAUCGCGGCAAAGUUGCGAAAACAUCUGGAAAUUAUGCAACAAUCAUUGCUCAUAACCCGGAUACCAAACGCACAAGAGUAAAAUUGCCAUCCGGUUCGAAAAAACUCAUUCCAUCUGCCAACCGUGCUCUCGUAGGCGUCGUCGCAGGUGGUGGCCGUAUCGACAAACCAAUGUUGAAGGCAGGACAGGCUUAUCACAAAUACAGGGCUAAGCGUAACUGCUGGCCCAAAGUUCGUGUGUUUGCUAUGAAUCCUGUUGAGCAUCCUCACGGUGGUGAACAUCAACAUAUUGGUUCCCCAUCAACUGUGCGUCGUGAUGCUUCACCUGGUGCGAAGGUUGGUCUUAUUGCUGCCAGACGUACUGGUAGAGUCAGAGGAACAAGGACGGUCAUUGAUAAAGAGUGAAUUUAUUGAAUUUGAAAUCUACCCAAAUACAUCGAAAUUGAAGGGAAAAA